UUGCACCGGAAAAAGACUUCACAGACUUCACCCCUUCUGCCCUUCCCUCAUUCUCUCUCUUCUCUCUCUCUCUCUCUCUUUCUCUAUCUGUUUAUUUCUUCUCCUUCUUUCUCUCUACUCUCUCUGCCUGUCUUCUUCUUCUUCUUCUGCUAUUUUCUUCUGCUAUUUCUCUAUUUCUGUUGGGUUUUUUAUGGAUAAAGGAUGGGGUCUCACGCUGAAUUCUGACUGCAUCGGCUUCUUCCUUAACAAGCCCCCACCUUCUGCUGCUGCAGCUUCAGCUGUUAAGCUUGACCACAACAAAAGGAACCACCCAUUUGCAGCUGCUUCUAGGAUGUUCUCCGGUGCUGAAUUCCCGGUUAAACUUGGCCGCACAGAUAUCGACCAUACUUCCUCCGAUGAUAAUAACAAUAAUCGCCUGGUUGUCGAUGAAGUCGACUUCUUUUCCGAUAAGAAUAGACCGGCCGCCACCGCCGCCGACGAUGAUGGUUCCAAAACCAUCGGCUUUGUUAGUGUCAAGAAGGAGAAUUCUCAUGGUGAUGUGGCUGCUAGGCCUGGUUUGGAUGUAAAUACUGGUUUGCACCUUCUUACUGCUAAUACUGGAAGUGAUCAAUCAACGGUUGAUGAUGGGAUUUCAUCAGAUGUGGAAGAUAAAAGAGCCAAAAACAUUGAGCUGGCACAGUUGCAAGGAGAGCUGCAACAUAUGAAUGCAGAAAACCAGAAGCUGAAAGACAUGCUUACUCAAGUCACCAACAAUUACAGUGCUUUACAGAUGCAUCUCGUCUCUAUAAUGCAACACCAACAGAUCAAUCACCAAAAAAACCAAGAACUUGAUGAUCAGACAGUAGAAGGAAAGUCCGAUGAUAAAAAGAAUCAUCAUCAUGAAAUCGGAGGAGGAGGAGGAGCUAUUGUUCCGAGACAGUUCUUGGAUUUGCGACCCAGCAGUGCCACAGCCGAGACAGACGAUCAGGUUUCGAAUUCUUCGUCGGAAGACAGAACACGUUCAGCAACACCUCAGAAUGUCGAAGUUGCUUCAAAGGAUUAUGUAGGAAAGAGUGAAAUUGCUCCAUUCGAUCAAGAAAACUCCACUUUCCGUGAUGGAAAAAGACUUGGUCGGGAAGAGAGCCCGGAAUCUGAAACGCAAGGUUGGGUACCAAACAAGGUUCCCAAGUUGAAUAACGGUGGCUCCAAGCCGAUCGAUCAGCAGCAAUCCUCCUCCGAGGCCACCAUGAGGAAAGCCCGUGUCUCGGUCAGAGCCCGAUCGGAAGCCCCCAUGAUAACUGAUGGAUGCCAAUGGCGGAAAUACGGCCAGAAAAUGGCCAAGGGAAACCCAUGCCCUCGUGCAUACUAUCGAUGCACAAUGGCAGUUGGAUGUCCAGUUCGGAAACAAGUGCAACGUUGUGCGGAUGAUCGAACAAUCUUGAUCACAACAUACGAAGGGAACCACAAUCAUCCUCUCCCACCAGCUGCACUGGCUAUGGCGAACACAACCGCGGCCGCAGCUAGUAUGUUGCUCACCGGUUCCACGUCGAGCGCAGACGGGUUGAUGAACCCCAAUUUGUUAGCGAGAGCCAUACUUCCAUGUUCAUCAAACAUGGCUACCAUUUCAGCUUCAGCUCCAUUCCCAACGGUGACAUUGGAUCUUACCAACAACAGUCCCAACCCACUUCAAUUCCAAAGACCACCCCAACCUCAAUUCCAGAUUCCCUUCGCUGCAGCAGGUCAAGUACCCCAGAACUUUGCCUCGUCAUCCACGCCUUCAUUGCCCCAAGUUUUCGGGCAAGCACUUUACAACCAGUCCAAGUUUUCAGGGCUUCAGCUCUCUCAAGAAAUGGGUUCUUCACAAUUGGGCCAGCAAGCAGCUCAGAUGCUCCAAACUCAGCCUGCUUCGUUUGCUGACACGGUGAGUGCUGCUACCGCUGCUAUCACUGCCGAUCCGAACUUCACUGCAGCACUUGCGGCCGCCAUCAGUUCGAUCAUCAGCGGAGGUCAUCCUAACAAUAAUAAUAAUAAUACAAACACCAGCAGCAAUUCGAACAUCACCACAAGCAACAACAACAACAACAGCAAAAUCGGUAGCUUUACCGGAAAUUAAUUAGAAUAUGGUCCUUUUUUUAAUGAUAUGUUUUUGUUCCAAACAUGUUCUUAGCGUCAAUGAUUUUUUUUUGUUUUCUUUGGGUUUGGGGGUCGACAAGGAGAUAACAUGUCCAUACUUUUUUUUUUUUUUUUUUUGUGGUUUACUUUUUCUUGGGAGGUUUAAAGGGUUUAGUUGACAAGUACUUCAUUCUUUCUUUUUUACAUUGUUUCAUUCUGAAUAAUGUGAUUCAAAAUUUUCAGUAAAUACACAGAAAGAGAAAAUAAUAUAUAUAUAUAUAUAUAUAUUAUAUUAGUCUUUUAUUA